AUGUACCUACAGUUUCCAGGAGUUAUUGGUGCAAUCGAUGGCACACAUAUCAAAAUUAUAGCCCCAAAAGAUCGUAGUGAAUCCUAUAUUAAUAGAAAAGGAUAUCAUUCUAUUCAGUUGCAAGUUGUUUGUAAUGCAGACUUAAAAUUUAUACAUUGCUAUUAUGGACAAGUUGGAUCUGUACAUGACAAUCGUGUUUUCAGAUUAUUAAACAUUGAAAACAUGUGUACAAAUGCCUAUUUUCUUAAUGACAGUCACAUACUGAGAGAUGCAGUUUACUGUAUUUCGAAAUAUGUUAUGGUACCAUUCAAAGAUAACGGACAUUCAUUUGAAAGGCAAAUUAAUUUCAACAAACGUUUAUCAAGUACUAGAAUGAUGGCUGAACGAUCUUUAGGUUUAUUAAAAGGUCGUUGGAAAAGCUUUUUAGAUACUCUCCCUAUGCAAAGAACGGAUUUAAUUUCGAAAUAUAUAAUUGCCUGCUGUAUUUUACACAAUAUCUGUUUGUUAAAAAAUGAUAUAAUUGAUAUUCCUCUUAUUAUCGAUGAAUCUGAUUUUAGGGAAGAACAAUUUAGAAUUAUAGAAAAUAACACUGUACAAAACGAAGUAUGUGAUACUGCUCAUGAUAUGUGGAAAAAAUUAUCGACGAUCCACGAACAGCGAUUAUCAACGAACAAGGUAUCGUUAUUAGAGGAUUUCCAUGGGUACGCGAUGGAGCCGGGCUGCACUAUGGCGCAGCACGUGGCACGUGUGCAAAAUCGUGCUUUCCGGCUACGUGAUAUUGGGUAG